AGUCAAGACGGUCUGCUGUUCGCGCUCCAGGAGGGAGUGUCUGUGCGGCCCAGACACCUACCUGUUCUACUUCAGCGAUACAUUCGAGCCUCCACCGCCACCGGCGCUGUCGGCCGCGGCAACCCGCCGUCACGUAGCUGCCAUGUCGUUCAGUCCAUUAAUGCUGGCGGCCAUGUUGCCAACAUACUUCGUGCCGGUAGAGGCGUUGCUGAAGCAGCUGCUGUCGGGGUACACGGUGGAGCUCGUGCGCCGUAUAUUUGGCGCGACAAUGUCGCUGGAGCGAGGGUGGUGCUGACGAACAUGACCUACGUACGAUUUUAUGGCGGAAAGGACAGUGAAGGCUUUACUCAGAAGAAGCUCACUGUGCGCGCUGUCACUGACGGGGACGCGCAAUCGGCCACGAAUGACUGCAGCGACUGUAGCGAUUUCGAUGACGAUGAUGAGGGACCAGCAGCGUCUGGCACCUCAGCUGUAGCGACAGAAGGCAACGACGCGUUGCGUCAGUACAUGGCCGCCUACGAACCGGAUCCAUACCUGGGCUGCUCGUUUCUGCCGCGCUUUUCUUGGCUGUUUCGAUGGAUUUCUCUCUACGCCGUCGUGGAGCACGCCCCGCCCGCCGUGAAAGCGGCGCUGCUGCCGCGUGAGUUGGCGAAGGUGCAGCGCCUCCUGCAGACCCGCGGGCUCGCGUACGUGUCAGAAGAGAGAGAGAGAAGGCCAGGCUGGCAUUAUCGCAUCAGCGAUGCCGCAAAACAGUGCAUCAUCGCCCCGCUGCGGCGUGCCGAAGCGGUUUUUUUUUUAUCAGCACGAGCACGUGCUUUGGCUAUCUACUGCCCCGAACCCCAGCCGCCGCCCUUCUGGGUCCACAACCGCCACAUCACCGUCGGCGAUUCCACGCGCAUCGGCACCUCUGCUUGCGGGAGCUGUGACGCAGGAGAUGCGCGAGGCUAUUGCAGCAUCAGUGCCGCCCCCCUCCUACGGUGCCGACGUACCGCGGUGCUGGGUUGGCAAUUGGGUGCUGGCGCACUUGACGCGAAUGGAUUUCCUCGCUGGUUGACCUCAGCGAACCUCACUGUCAUGUGCAAGGAGCACGCCAUGAUGCGUGAUCACACUAAUCUCUCAUCCGAGCUGCGGCUGCAGAUCGCCGUGACAAAACGGAACCGGGCGGCAGGUCAGAAAAUGUGUCGUCGUAUAGCUGUGGCCGCUAAUCCCAACUCGCCAUACACGAACUCCGAGGUGUUAUGGGGCACCAUUCUCCGGUAUCUGCCUCCCACACGGCACAUCGGGAUGCGCAGCCCCCUACAAGCGUUGCGGUCGGCAAUCACUGACUUCCUCCCUGCGGAUCCGAUCCGGCUGUUCCGCAACGCGCCGACAAAGGUGCAGCUGUUUGAGUUUCGGCAGAGGAACAACAUGCGGCCGAUGCGGCCUGGACUGCCACUGCCGGAUGAACGUCUGCGUAGGAGCUACACCAUUGAUGAGCUCCUGCACAUGCUGGCUGCUGACCUGCCGCUUGGGGCAGUCGCGCACCUCGGCCGACCUCUUUGGCCACCUUUCGUAUGUCGCGCGCGAGACGAUACGCCUUCAGUACCGCCACCUGGUCGACCUGGUGGAACAGUACCCGCCGUACUUUAUCGUCGUCUACACAGAUGCGGGGUCAGCGAAGAAGCACUUGGCACGCAUUCAGCUCCUUCAACACCCACCGCCAGCGACUGCACUCUCUGGCGACGAAUGGGACCCUCCUCCUCCUUCCCCCUUCCACGCCUCCCCCCUCCUCUCACUCCCCCGCGGCACGUCUCCAUAUUCAACCUCCACAAGCCUUCGAGGCCUCACACGGCUCUCUCGCUUCUCCCUCUUUCCUUUUUCCUCUCUCCACAAAACCGAGGCGUUUCAUUAUUGGUCAACUACCCACAACGAUCACCAUCGCCACAGUGAAACACCGGACACGUAGUUGCACAGUUAGCCAUGGAAGACGCAUACUAGGCCCGCGUACGCUCACGAUGCUUCGUGAACACGAAGUGUGUUUUUCAUCUUGCGAAGCAAGCCCUCACCAAACUUUGGACUUUGAUGGAGGUGAUGAAGAAACUGCCAUGGCAACAGCGUCGAGCUCGGAUGCGACUCGCGCACUUUGGCAUGCACGCCGGUGAUCUGCUCUUCUGCAUCAGCGGCUCCGGCUGUAUCGGCAACUUGACACACACACGCACACACACACACACACACGCACACACUUACAAGCAGACAAAUAAGACAGUCGCCAGCUUUGUCACGAUCACUGCCGAGCCGUCGACGCUCCCCCCCCACCCCCCGAAGGGCGCUGCGGGCAGUCUUUCUAUUCCAGCAGCGGUGUGUACUGGCGCACCCCUCACGGAAGCGCUACACACUCUCUGA